AUGUGCCCUUGCCUCUUUUCGUCUGUCGUCGUUGCCAAGCGGGUGAUAGUAUCCCCACCUCUAGCAAUCAAGCAACACCAAGGAAUUGGGAGAUGGUUAUCCUCAAUCCGACUUCUCGGAUCAGCCGCACCACCUCUAGCAUCCACUCCGGCCCUCAAAGGUGGAUAUUACCGCAUGCUUUGCCUCUCGCGCAGGAUGGAAAGGACAUGUCUGAUGUCAACGGCUCCUACCAAGGGGACCAUCGUCGUCCGGACCCGGGCACUGAGGAAUGUACCGCAAUGUCCCGGCAUUCCCACCAAGAUGCUUGCUUUCAUACUCCGUACAGCCAGUCGAGGAGGGACAACGUACCCAGGGGCCCGUCAGGCCAACGAAGAGGCCGGCCGUGAUGAAGGAAACUCUCGGAUAAGCUCUUUCGUUCCCCAGUUCUCUCUCUCCUCCCCCCCCGUCCCCCGGUCUUCCCCCCAGAAGAACUCUCGCUUCACCCGGUCAUUCGUUGGACUCUGUCCCCUCACAUUCGUUCCGUAA